UGUUACCAUGGAGACAAAGAAGCGCGUUGUGGUUGUCUGUGUGUUUGAGCUGUGAGUGAGCCAGAGAGCGAGAGUCAGUGUGAGUUAGACAGUGUGAGUGGGAGUUAAGGGUGAGACAGAGGAUGGUGAGUGUGUCGCUGGGGCCGCUGGCGGUGCUGCGGGUCACUGCGGUGCUGCAGGACUGUGUGGAUCAGCUCGCCGUGCUGGGACCCAUCAUACCCAGGAUUCACAGGGACACGGUCGCGGCAGACUCAGAGGAUGCAAGAGCGGCAUUGGAGCAACACAGAGCAGCUGAGAUUCACCUGAGGGCCGCUCGCAGUGGCCAGGACGGGACCGGGGGCCUGUCGGGGGCCGUAAAGGAGUUUUACAGGACACAGCACGAACUGGAGCACACUCUAAUGGACCGUACAAGCUCCGAUGAUUACUUGAACAAACUGCAGAGUGACCGGCGGUUUGCGGUUCGACUCAUAACCGAACUUAUGACUGAGCUGGAGACGGAGGGGACAUUCCACACUCUGAUCCACACCGUAGAGGAAGAGAAGAGGACCAAAGCUGAGCUUCAGGAACUCAUUACCAGGGAGGAAAAGGAUCGGCUCAGGAUCAAAACUCUGCAGAAACAGCUACUCGAAAUCAUAGAAGAAACAACACAACAGAUUGAGGAGCAAGACAAAAUGGUGGCACACCUCGAAGACCGGCUGCAGGAGUGGAAAAUGAAAAAAAGGCUGCAUGACAAUUACGUGAAAACCAGCACUGAGCUGCUUGUCUACCAAGGCCAGAAAAUAAACAGUCACAUCGAAAAGCAGCUGGAGGCUGAGAUAGAGAUGCUCAAGAAGAAGCUGAUGGACGAGGAGAAAACUCAGCAAAUGCUGGAGGUUUUCCUUAAAAACAAUCUUACAUGUCUGGAGGACAAGUUGGAGUACUGGAUGGAGCACUAUGAUAAAGAUAUGGAAGACAAACAGCAAGAGCUGAGUGACGUCAAGACCAACAGGUCCAACAACCUGACACAGUUACAGGAACUGGCUAACAAAUAUAAAGACUGCGAGCAGGUAAUUAUUGAGGACAGAAUGGAGAAGGAGAAGCUGCGCAAACAGCUGGAGGAAGAACAGCUGCAGAUUAAAGAAGCUAUUAAGAUUCAGUCAUGGUGGAGAGGCACAAUGGUCAGAAAGAGUCUCGGUCCCUUCAAAAAGGCCAAGAAACAGAAGCAGAAAAAGAAAGGGAAGAAGUGAUGGGAGGGGGAAAAAGGACAAAAAAAGAGGACAUGGGGAGAAAGAGAGGGAGAGAGAGAGAGAGAGAGAGAGAGAGAGAGAAAGCCCUUUAGUGGCUUAGUCAAGUACACCACUGUUAAAAAAGUUUCACAACAUUUCAUUGGUCCAGCUUUUGCUUUUAUUACGGCUGUUGCAUUGUUUCCACAAGCUUAUGCAAUGUCACAGCAUUUAUUUCCAUCCAGAAUUACAUUAAUCUCUCUCCAAGGUCUGGUAUUCAUGAUGGGAAAGUCGGGCCACUGAGUAAAGCCCUCUACAGCACAUCCCAAAGAUUCUAAAUGGGGUUAAUGUUUCGUCUCUGUGGUGGCCAAUCCAUAUAUGAUUUCUCCCAUCAGGCUCAUUCAGGAUCGUUUUCGGACCAUGUUUCUUCCUCGAAGAUGAUGGGUCACCACUGUCCUUCCAGAUUUUAGUUAGGUGUUUUACAGUUCUUAACCCUAUCUUAGAUAGAUUAGAUAGCCGUAGAUUCAGCAACCUCCUUAGUUGAUUUCUUUGCUUGAUGCAGGAAAAUAAUUGAACCCUUCUGAAACAGUAACAUCUUUGCCACAACCACAGGAUGUUCUGUUAUGGUUGUUUAAGAAUUAAAAACUACUCACUGCAUCAGUUAGGGUUAAAUAACUUGUUGCACUGCAGUAAUUAUACAGUGGAAGCCUUUUAACUAUAGGCUUAGUCAAAAUCAGGUGGUGUUUUUUUUUUGUCUGGGCAGUGUAUUAUCAUAAAAAUUUAAUUAACUCCAAAAAAGGAAAAUAGAGCUAAUAAUAAAAAUAACAGAUCAUUAAGAAAAUUAAAAAAAAUUCUGUUCUUACUUGUUUUCCAUAUUGCCAAUUUCUCUGUACCAGAUAGAAUGUGUAGCAGAAAUAGAGUUUGUUUUUGUCUUACUGAUUAUUU